ACUGCAAGAAUGGCAGCACAAGCAAAAGGGAAAAGCAGGGUCAAAAAUCUGAAAGUAUUUUUUGAAAAAGUUGACGAGGAUUUGAAACAGAACAAAACAGAUGAGCUUUGUAAGACAAUUCGAAAAGACAAAAACGUGUGGAAGACAUUUUCUGAUCUGCAUGACAUUUUGAAAAAGGGGUUUUCUGAGACUGAACUACGUCAAAGUGAAAUGGGAAAGUCAUUGGUAUCAAACAUAAGGAGGAGCGAAAUUUUUGACAUACUGCCCAAGGACAUUAAGCAGGAUAUCUCUGCAUUAUCUACUGAGGAAAACAAUCCUGUUGAUAAGAAACAAGGAGAAGGAAAUACACCUCCAACAUCUGCAAAACAUAGCCGCAGUGAAAGUCCAGGAUUAGAUUCGGGGCCUGCACCUGUGUAUGUUAUAUAUGUUAUAAUUUUAUGAUAAUUAGACAAAAAUGCUUUAAUAAUCAAUUAUUAUAAUGCUUGCAUAUUAGACUAAAAUGCUUUAAUAAUCAAUUAUUAUAAUGCUUGCAUAUAAUAAUUAUACACUUAGUUAUAACUUUCUCAAUAUUUUCUCAAGUAUAUCACACGUAACUAUUGGAGGAAAUGAAUUUACAUAAGUCUUGGACUUGUUUUCAAAUCCUCUUCUGAAUUUAAUUAAGUUAAUAAUUUCUUUAGCAUUGUAUAUCAUUAACUUAUUUCAUCAGUCUUUCAUUUUUCUUAUUAUACCAUGUCUUCUGGUUGUAAUGUUUAUUUAUGAUUUGUAAAUUCUGGAAAUAAAUAUUGUUUAAACUAACUAUUUGAAAUGCCUAUUUAUAAAAAAUAAAUUCAAAGUAAUUCCCUGUAAAUUUGAAAACUUUUUUCAGCAAUCAAAAGUUUUCUUCUACUAUUAACGUAAGGUAAGUUAAUGAAAUUUAUGUGUACAAUUUUGGUUGACUAUUCAAAGAAAAUUUGGCUAAUGUUUCUUAACUAUUCUUUUCAACUUCUUAAUGGAUUCAUAAUUAUUAAGUUAAUCAUUUCUUACAGGUUGAACCAUAUUUCAUUGUGAAUACUUCCUUGUUAAGUUUUUGUGUGCAAGAUUUAUUUGCAGAAUUUCAAAUGAAAUUUGCUUUAAAUCACAAAAUAUGGAUCAUAAUUGUAAGUCACAUACCAAGAUCCAUAACUGGUAGCAUAUUAUUCAAAAUUAUUCCUCAAUGGAAAAAUAGAAAAAAUCUUUUAUUAUUCAGCCACUUGUUUUUCUAUCAAUCAAUGAAAAUAAUAUAUAAAAAAUACAUGGGUUUGUGGGUAACAGUUAAAAUAUCAUCCCAAGGAAAGUAUUGUUACCCGAGGCAAUUAGCCGAGGGUAACAGUAUUUUUACAAGGGAUGAUAUUUUUACUGUUACCCACAAACCCAUGUGUUAUUUAUUUUAUUAUCCCGAACAAAUACUGUGAUGAUCUUAA